AUGCAGCAGAAUAUGAUUAUCCCUAGUUUUUGGACCGGUACCGCCAUUAUCGGCCUGGUCGCGUGCGCCUAUGUGUCCUACCAAUGCCUUCUCUCCCCGCUAGCGAGAUUUCCAGGUCCUUUUGCGGCCAAACUCUCGAAGGGCUGGAGGGCGUAUAAGACAGCAAAUGGUCAAUGGCAUCGCAAGCUUGUCGACCUUCAUCGAAAAUAUGGACAUGUGGUCCGCAUUGCGCCAAACGAGCUGAGUGUUGGCGAUCCCAGCUCAUUCCGGAAGAUCUACAGUCCGGCAGAGGCCGGGAAUGGGUUCAACAAGGCUGCGUGCUAUAGCGUGGUUCAAGGUAAUCGGCCGUUUGAUUUAACUGGAGAACGCAACGAAAAGGUGCAUUCGGAGCAGCGCAAGCUGGUAGCAACUGCAUACUCAAUGAGCUCGAUGGUCCAUUUUGAGUCCAAGGUCAAUGUAGUAAUCGAGACUGUGAUUCACAAACUGGAGGCACGAUGCAGGAAAACGAUUGAUCUGGGACAUUGGCUGCAGAUGUGGGCGUUUGAACCAACAAGGCCACUACUAAACUCUCUCAAACCAGAUGUUAUUGGAUCCGUCAGCUUUUCUCAGCCAUUUGGAUACGUCGAGAGCGGAGAUGACGAGGGCGUCUUUAAACGUAUCCAGAAUGCAAUGGGCUCGGCAGCUUGGUUAAUGCACGCCGGUUGGCUGUUUAGAUUGCACCAGAAAUUGAUUCCAAUCUGUGGAAACUGGCUGGCUGUUAAUGAUCGCAACGGCUACUUCUUCCAGGUCGCAUGCAGGGAAGUAUCCGGACGGAUCAAUCGCGGCGGUGACGACAAGGACAUCAUCGGACAGCUUCUAGAGACGCAGAAAAUCAAGCCACAGCUGAAAGACUUGGACAUUUCUUUCAUGAUGACAUCUAACGUUUUUGCCGGAUCGGACAGCACGUCCAUUGCCUUUCAAAGUAUCUUUUACUUGCUACUUACUCACCCCGCUGCUCAUGAUCGGUUGAUGCGAGAACUGCGUGAGAGGGAGGAGAAGGGAGAGCUGAGCGAUCCGGUUUCGUUUCAGGAGGCUGAAUCCUGGCCAUAUCUACAGGCAAUCAUCUAUGAGGCCAUGCGACUGUAUGCUCCAGCAGCCUUUGUCUUGGAUCGAGUUGUACCCCCAGAGGGUAUGAUGAUCGAAGACAAGUUUGUACCUGGAAAUACUGUCGUGGGAUCAAGUGCUUGGGUAAUCCAUAGAAACCCUGAAAUUUGGGGCCCAGAUGUAGACACCUUCCGGCCUGAACGAUGGCUCGAUGACAGGAAAGAUGAGUAUAGUACGUUUCUUAUCUAG